AUGCGAAGGGGGCCUCCUAAACGUUCGGCCAAUGCUAUAACUGACAGACAUUCGGAGUCUUUAGAAGCCCUGUCCCCAGCAGAUAGGGUUCAAGGUCAAGGUUUAAAUGUAGAACUUCAUCCGGCCCUCAGAUCGGCCAAUUACCAUCUUGUAGGAAGAGACGCUAAUCCUUAUUUGGCACACGAGAAACGAGCUAGAGCGGAAGAAGCGUCUGGAAUUUUAAAGCGUUACGAAAAGGGUCUUCAGUUUCGGGUUCCUGGGUCUAUUACUAGUCGAGUUCAAAAGCAACGAGAAGACUUGGCCAAGAGAGAAAAGGCCAGCCAGCAAGCUGCGAUUGAAGAACAACAGAAAAUCCUGUCAGGAGAACUUCCAGACAAGAUCAAAGGUGAGGAAAAAUAUUUGCACCAAGAGCCACCCUUUGUAGAAUGGUGGGAUUUGCAAUAUUUGAAAGACCAAACGGAAUGGAUUAUUACGAACAAAUACACCAGAAAAUAUGAUAAUUUGGAGGAAGACAGCGACGAAGAUGACGAUUCGGAGCUUGAAAGGCCUAGUAUCAGGUUUGUCCAACAUCCAGUGCCGUUUUUGCCAAUUCCGGACGAUAAAAAGCCACCUAGGGUCUUCCUCACCAAAAUGGAACACAGGAAGGUUCGUAGGAAUAACAGAAAGUUAUUGCGUGAAGAAUAUGAGCAAAAAAUUCGAGCUGGUGUUAAACCCAAACCAGAACCGAAGGUCAAACUCAGCAAUAUGAUGAGCGUUUACCAGAAUUCGGAAAAUAUCACGGAUCCAACGAGCUGGGAAAAAACGGUCAGACAACAAGUUGAGAGUCGGCGACUCCAGCACUUGGAGACAAAUGAGAUUAGACACCAGGAGGCCUUGGCUGCGAAGCUCGAACGGCCAAAAAGCGCACCAGCUGAAGGUCAAUUAUGCUGCAAAGUUUGGCGCUUCAAAAGCAUACGAAAUCCGAAAAUUAGGUAUAAACUCGCGACCAAUAGCCGACAACUAGGGUUGAGGGGCAUAUGUUUGCAUGUUCGAAAUGGUGCUGGAUUAAUUGUUGUACUUGGUUCUGACAAGAAUUGCAGAUUCUACGAUAAAUUGGUGCGGCGACGCAUAAAAUGGGACGAGACCUUUGUCGACAAUAAGACAGACGAAGAAAUAGAGGAACUUAAUAACUGUGCAGAGCUCGUGUGGGAAGGAUAUCUACGUGACACCAAGUUCCGAGGCUGGUUCAUGAAACAGUGCAACGAGGAAUCUGAGCUGAAGGAAACGCUUGAACGCUACGAUGCAGCGUUUAUGUUCUCGCUGUUAGUGGACUUGCCGAUAACGAAUGCGAAUGCUGGGGCUUGA